AUGUUAUUAAGAUUAUCUUCAAAGGCAAAAAAGUCUAAAACAAUAUUAGGUUCCAUAGUUACAAAUGUCGAUACUCUUUCAGGAUUUGAAUCAUAUGAUCUUACCAUUCUAGAUACUAAUGCUAAUGAAGAAAAGGAUGGGUUGGGAUUUACUGAAGAUUAUAAUAAUGACUAUGAAGAGCAUAGUACUAAUGAGUCUUUAUCUGAUGAUGAUAGUGAAUAUGAGUAUAAUUAUGGAAUUUUUAUUAAGUUAGAGAAUGGUACAACUCUUCCGGCAAAGUGGUAUUCAUCUAGAAUAUCUACAGUUGACGAAUUGCUUUCAGAAAUUCACAUAAAUAUUGAAACUCUGACAAAAAGAAAAUCAAUUGAAUCAAGCGAUUAUCAUAUUGCAUUUAAACCUGAAAAGGCUACAGGAGCAGUCACUCAAUUAGUAGAUAAUCACAGUGUUAAAGAAAAUCAUAUUGAAAUUACAUUCAUGAUGCUUUCUGUUUGGGCAUCUGAAAUUCAACCAGUUUAUUCUGGACAAUAUUAUAUUCUAUCACCAUUUUAUAAUCCAUUUAUAUCAUAUUUUCCUUCACAAAAUUAUGGAUUACCCCAAAUGCCUAUUCAGUCAUUACAAUCAAUUAUUAAACCUACUAUUCAAGAUUUUUUAAAAUAUGUAGAUGAAUGCGAAGUUAUCAAAUGA